CUCGUCAGUUCGAAGUUAAUGUUUAAAUUCUCUUCGGUUCCUGUUAGAGAAAAAGGGUUCUGUUCUGUGGUUUAGUGUUUUGAUCUGAGUAAUAUUUUAUAAAGUCGAUAUAAACUAUAAAUCGUUUUAUAGGAGAAAUUCAAGUUAUAAUAAUAUGCAAGAUACUUUAGCGAUUAAUAAGGAAAUUACAAACUUAGAUUAUGCUAAAAUUGCUGCUUUGCAACAGAAAAGAACUCUUGCAUUCAUCAAUCAUUUUGUAAUAACGACAGCGCAAUUUCUAAACAACUUCGCCAAACAAUGUGAAAAUAAGUUAAUGAAAUUUGAGAGAAAGAUAGAAAAAAUUAAUGCCACUAUGGUGCUUUUAGAAACUCGUCUGUCAUCAAUACCAGAAGUGAAUCAACAUUUGGGAAAAACACAAGCAACAGUGAUAGAUCAAGAAAUCUCUCAAAAUAAAACUAAUGAAGAAAGUGUGCAAGUGGAUGUUAAUAAGAGGGUAGAUGAAGAAAUAGAAAGCACCAUCAAACCUGAAUAUGAGAGAUUUAUGAAGAUGCUUCAAGUUGGUGUGCCCCUUGAUGCUGUUAAAUUGAAAAUGUCUCUUGAAGGAAUAAAUUCUGUUGAAAUAGAGAAAGUACUGGGAAAAUAAUUAUUUUUCUGAGGUUUCUUGAGAGAAAAUAUGAAUAUUCAAUAAUAAUGUUUACUUUCCCGUACACGAGAUAAUUGGCGCCAGUUGGUAGCAAGGGAGAGAUGUGAAGAAAUUUACAAACCAAAUAAGCAUAUUUAUGUUUCACCAUCAAAUGAUUUAUGUUUUUUGGAUUGAACCGCAUUCAAAAUUUGACCAAAUCUGUCAUAGAAAUAUAUGGCAAUGUCCCCACAUAUAUCAAAAAGAUAACUAAGUCUGAAAGAAAAUAUUUUAUUUAAUUCAAGGAACAUAACAUUUAAAUAACCAGUAUAACUAAUUAUUUUAUGUAAAUAAAAAUAUUAUAUUUGA